GUAGGCACAUUUCUAGUAACCGCCCUUUAACGCAACCCCUCUCAAGCCCUUCCUCUCUGGAGUUUCCAGGUUUUCCUCAGCAAAGUUGAGCACAGUAACUUCCGAAACAGCGCAACAGUCUCGUCUGUGUCGGGAAAUGGUCUUCAAUUGUGCUCCGGACGGCGCUGAGGACCUCCACUGACAUUAUGCGGUUGCCUUGCGGAUGCACCACGAAGUACAUGGCUACUUCCUUCUGCCGUCGCGUGCUUGCGUCUUCAUAUUUCGGUGUUUUGGGUCGGAGGGGAUGCAACACGGCGGCGUUCAUGCCGGAGGCUGCGGGCUUUGAAGGAGUCUCGGGCCGCGCGGCUCUGCAGGAGUUUUCCGUCUCCAACAGCGAGAGCUUCUGGGCCGCCGUGGCGCGUCACAGGCUGAGCUGGAUCGCUCCGUUCCACACGGUGCAGGACUGUGACCUGAGCCGAGGCAGGAUAAAGUGGUUCGAGGGAGGAAAGCUGAAUGUCUCCGUGAACUGCCUGGACCGCCAUGUGCACACCUGUCCUGAGAGGGUGGCUCUGAUCUGGGAGAGGGAUGAAAAGGGGUCAGAGGUCAAGUACACCUACAGGGAGUUACUGGAGAUGACAUGUCGCCUUGGCAACCUGUUACGGCGGCACGGCGUGAAGAAGGGGGACUGCGUCACCAUCUACAUGCCCACUUGCCCGCUGGCCGUGGCGUCCAUGUUGGCCUGCGCUCGUAUAGGUGCCGCCCACAACGUGGUGUUCGCAGGCUUCAGCGCAGACGCCCUGGCAGAGCGAAUCAGAGACGCUCAGUCCAGCACCGUCAUCACCGUGAACCAGGGCGUCAGGGGCGGCAAGGUCACAGAGCUGAAGAAGACCGUGGACACGGCGGUGCAGAGCUGUCCUACAGUGCAGAAGGUGUUUGUUGCUAUGAGAACAGACAAUCCGGUCGCCAUGACAGCCAGGGACAUCGCCAUGGAGGAGGAGAUGCUGAAGGAGGAUGUGGUUUGUGAGCCGGCCGCCAUGAACAGCGAGGACGUCUUGUUCCUGCUUUACACGUCGGGCAGCACAGGGAAGCCCAAAGGCCUCGUCCACACUCAGGCUGGAUACCUGCUGUAUGCCGCGCUCACGCACAGGUACGUCUUCGGCUACCAUGACGGAGACGUGUUCGGGUGCGUGGCAGAUAUCGGCUGGAUAACGGGACACAGUUACAGUGUCUACGGGCCCCUGGCCAACGGGGGGACCACCGUCCUGUUUGAGAGCACCCCCAUUUACCCUGACCCAGGAAGAUACUGGGACAUGGUUGAGAGGCUUAAGAUCAGCCAGUUUUACGGGGCCCCCACAGCCAUCCGCCUGCUGCUCAAGUACGGAGACCAGUGGGUGAACAAAUAUGAUCGCUCCUCCCUCAAAACCCUCGGCACUGUGGGGGAGCCAAUCAACACUGAGGCGUGGGAGUGGUACCACAGAGUGGUCGGAGAGGGACGCUGUCCCGUGGUGGACACCUGGUGGCAAACUGAGACAGGUGGCAUCUGCAUCGCCCCAAGGCCAUCAGACCCAGAAGCAGAGAUUGUCCCAGGAAUGGCUAUGAGACCCUUUUUUGGCAUUAAGCCGGUGCUCAUGGACUCUGAGGGCAAAGUGCUGCCUUCCAACAACACAUCUGGAGCUCUCUGCAUGGCCCAACCUUGGCCUGGAAUGGCCAGAACUAUACAUAACAACCACCAGAGGUUCAUUGAGACCUACUGCCAGCCAUAUCCCGGUUACUUCUUCACUGGUGACGGUGCCAAUCGCUCUGCUGAGGGGUACUACCAGAUUACUGGUCGCCUUGACGACGUCAUUAACGUGAGCGGCCACAGGAUCGGCACAGCAGAGAUAGAGGAUGUCGUGAAUCAGUGUUCAUCUGUGGCUGAAUCUGCCGUCAUAGGAUACUCACAUACCAUCAAAGGAGAAGGUGUGUAUGCCUUUGUGGUGCUUAAAAAGGAUGUCGACAUUAAAGAGGAGGACUUGUGCCGAGAGCUGAACAACAUGGUCUCAAAGAAAAUUGCGAAGUACGCCUGUCCGGACUGCAUCCAGUUUGUCAAGCGUCUGCCAAAGACCCGCUCAGGUAAGAUAAUGAGGCGGGUGCUGCGUAAAGUCGCGGACUGCGACUUGAACAGCUUGGGUGACCUCAGCACGCUGGAUGAUCCCGCAACAGUCCAGGAGAUUAUUCAAGGGCACAGUGAGCUCUUGAGUAAACAAAAAAAAUAAUGAGAAGUUUCACAUCUACAGAUGAUUCUGAAUGCUGUGCCUGCACAUUGCUCUUGCACAUUAAUUAACUAGACUUCGGUAUGAAAAAACGAUUUUAAUGACCAAACACUGUGUUUUUAUUGUAGACAUGAACAUUUUUAUGAAAUCACGUAGAAAACUCUCUGUAUGUAUAAUCCACAGACGUAAUCCGCUUUUAGUAUUAUUAAAAGCAACGAACAUUGUUUGUUUUUAAUAACAAAAUUGGGCUACACAGUUGUAAUAAUCCCCAAACAUGACUGUAAACAUAAUACAAACAUUUGUAAUCUUACAUAAAUGUAUACAAGAUUUACAAAAA